AUACUUUGGCCGGCUGCGCAUUCCAGUGCUUGUUUAUCAUGUUUUCCCAGUGAAAAUGGAUAAAUUGUGGGAGAAAACGGUGGAAAACUUCCCUAUCUUGGACAGGAAGUUGAUGAUCGCGGAAUCCUCUGAAGAUGAUCUCAAGACUGUUGUUGAUGAGCUGAUUCGCAUGGAUAUUGCUGAGAAUGUGUACGAGACGGUGUUUAUUGAGAUUGCGACGGAGUUGAGACAGAAAGUGGCGCCGAAGUUCUGGCUGAACUUUCGCCAGCACAGCGAUCAGGAUGACGGCUUUUGUCGCUUCCAGAAGGCCGUGUCGGAUCUCCGGGAGGACUUCAGGCUCUUCUCCAGCAUCGUCGAUCGCCUCAAGGUGAUGCGCAGUUGGUGUGACUUUCGGAAGAUCGAGAAUCGCGCCGAUGAAGCUGAGCGAUUCAGCGAAAUCUUCCGGACGACGCUCUUGUCGCAAUUGCCGGUGAACUUCAACGACAUCGUCGUGGCUUUCUACAAGCUGUCGUUCAGGGUGUUCGCCAACAGUCACAUGCACGAGGUGUCGGAUCCGGACGACUUGCCGGAGAUGGACGAGAUGAAGUGCAGCGGUUGUCAGUACGAGGCGGACAGCUGCCGAUGCCAGGAGCUGAUCAACGCCUUCAACAGCACCAACAGACAUCUCAUCGAGAUGGGCUUGCUGGAUCGCCUGGCGGGCUUCACGCUCACGAAUCUCAUUGAGGAGCGCAUCGAGACGUCCGUCCGGGAGAUGUGCAAAGGCGUGUUCGCCUCGAACAUCGACACGCUGGAGAAGUGGCUCAGCGCCAUCGUGAUCAACUGGCUGAUCAGGAUCUACAAUCUCGGGUGCUUGAAGAUCGACGAGGAGAAUGCGAAGAUGAAGGCCACAAUUGCUGAAUUCCACAUGAAGCUGAACUUCUUCAUGUACGAAACGUACGCCAAUGUGAUCAUUGAGCAGUUCUUCGACAUCAUCAUCGACUUCCCGGAGUCGCAGCCGGCCAUUGAUGAUCUGAAGGUGUGCUUCGAGAAGGUGGAUCUGCGGCCGCACCUCGUGCAGACGCUGAAAGUGGCGCUGGAGACGCGCCUUCUGCAUCCCGGCGUGGACACGGCGGACAUUCUCACCGGCUACGUGUCCGCGAUCAAGGCGAUCCGUCAUCUGGACAGCAGCGGCGUCCUCCUGGAGACCAUGACGGAGCCCGUGCGCGAGUACCUGCGCAGCCGCUGCGACACGGUGCGCUGCGUGGUCACGGGACUGAUUGAGGACGGGCCCACGGAUCUGGCCGAGGAGCUGGCCAAGAGUGAGGCGCUGAAGGAGGAGGGCGUCGCCGUGGUGGACGAUCUGGCGAACUGGGAGGCGUGGAUGCCGGAUCCGGUGGACGCGAAUCCCGCCAAGCUGAAGCCCAAUCGCUCCGCUGACAUCAUCUCCAUGGUCGUGGACAUUUACGGGAGCAAGGAAGUGUUCGUGAAUGAGUACAAGAACCUCCUGGCCGAGAGACUCCUGCUGCAGCUGGAUCUGAACUCCGACAAGGAGAUCAGGAAUCUGGAGCUGCUGAAGCUCCGCUUCGGCGAGAGUGUUCUGCACAGCUGCGAAGUGAUGCUGAAGGACAUCAGCGACUCCAAGAGGAUCAAUGCGCGCAUCCAGGGCGACACAAACUACUCCGACGCGAAGAUGUUCGAGUUCUCCAGCCUGAUUCUGUCGGCGCAGUUCUGGCCGGUGUUCAAGAAGGAGGAUCUGGAGCUGCCCGAGGCCAUUCAGGGGCAGUUCGAGAGCUACAGGAAGAGCUACGAGACGUUCAAGGGCAACAGGACGCUCGUGUGGCGUCCGGUGAGUGGGAAAGUGACGAUGGAUGUGGAAAUCAUGGGGAAGGUGACAGAAUUCACCGUCACGCCAACGCAAGCGACCAUUAUCUGGCAUUUCCAAGAGAAGACAGAGUGGAAUCUCACGGAUCUGGGCAAUGUGAUGAAGAUUCCGCCGUCUGUGUUGCGUCGGAAGAUCACUUAUUGGCAAUCGCACGGGCUGAUCAAGGAGACAAGGAGUGGAUCUUUCGUCCUGGUGGAGGAGACGACAGAUUCGGACCUGGAGGAGAUGCAAACGGAGCCACAGGACAUCUGUGAUGAGGACGAGGAGGCGGAAAAUGUCGUGGCUUCGGCCAGUGAUCAGCGCGAGGAGGAACUUCAGGUCUUCUGGUCAUACAUUGUCGGCAUGCUGACAAAUCUGGACUCCCUGCCGAUCGAGAGGAUCCACCAGAUGCUGAAGAUGUUCGCGUCGAAUGAGAAGGGUGUGGAAUUCUCCCUGGAGGAGCUGAAGCGCUUCCUGCAGACCAAAGUCCGGGAACAUCAGCUAAUCUUCGCGUCUGGAGUCUAUCUUUUGCCCAAAUAAACAUUUAUUCACCAACAA